AUGGGAGCAUUGAUUCUGCAACGAAAGCGUCCGGGGGAGUUGUUUGAACACAUGAUCCAGCAAGUAUCUGACGAGUUCAUCCUGGACGAGGUGAUUGAUCGUUGGCUGACGUAUGUUGGAAAGUACCGUGCUCGAGGAAAGACUUGUGGCAAUGAUGAGGUUGUCAUGAAGCUCUCGAGUGUCAGAACAGACAAAGAGUUGGUGGCGCCUUUCGAUAUAAACUGA